AUGGACUCCUCUCCGAUAUCCGUUGCACCCUCUCCUUUCGACAAUCCCAAGGCAGAUAUCAUAUUACGCACCUCGGAUUCCGUCGACUUCUAUGUGUUCAGUCAAGUCCUCAUCGCCGCUUCUCCGGUGUUCGAGAGCAUGUUCGAGUUCCCUCAACCUCCUCCUGACGACCAGACCCUCCGAAUCGGUCGGCCCACCGUCACGCUCACAGAAGAUAGCAAGAGCAUCGCCACCGUAUUGAAGAUAUGCUAUCCCAUCAUAAAACCCACCGAAUGGUCCUUGGAGGAAAUGGAGGCCGGCAUGCGCGCUGCCUUGAAGUUUGACAUGGAGCUGCCCAUCGCCGUGCUGACCGACGCACUCGAGGCGGCUGUCCAGACCCGCCCUCUGGCCGUCUGGGCGAUAGCCUGCCGCAUCAACCAGGAGAACCUCGCAUUACGAGCCGCGCAAAAUCUCAACCGCACCCCACAAACUGCGCGUUCGCGUCGUCACCCUAUCCUUCGGCUGAAUGGGCUGGAUGGUGCAGAAGAACUCGAGGCCAGCUGCGAAGGGAUCACCGCCGGAGACUUCUACCGACUAUGCGAGUUCGAUCGGCACUACAUCUGGUCUCGUGACAAGUACGAGCUGGACUGCCCUCCAUUCCCACUCCUCACGCCACCGGGUUCCUCGACGGAUCCGACUGCAUCUCCCACCCCGUCGGACGAAAGUCACAUUGCUACGACCAUAGCCAUACUCGCCGAUGUCCCUUCUCCAGAUGUGAUUUUGCGUUCCUCCGACAACAUCACAUUCCAGGCACACCGAGCGGUCCUCACCACUUCCUCACACAAGCUCGCAACAGAAAUCGCAGCACAAAUGGACCCAUCUUCGCUGGCGUCCACCAGUGACGCUUCUUCUACUUCGAUCGCUCUCCCCAGCGUGUCCCUGGACAUUUGUGGCGUGGUGCUGGCGACCCUCGUCAUCACUUGUUACGAUAAGCACUUGAACAGUCCACCCAUCCUUCUCACCUCUCCCACCCACUGCGUCCAAGUGAUCAAAGCCGCAGAAGCAUACGGCAUGAUGGACACCCUCUCACUGCUGUUUCGCCAUUGGAGACUCACCGCUGCCAAUGCACCUCUCGCGGCGUUCUGCGAGGCGGCCACCGCAAACCAUGCUGCAUGCGCCCAGGAGGCCGCCCGACUCGCUAUACACAAGCCCCUCGCCGGUCAGUAUGUUCCAGAAAUGGAACUUUCCGGAGGAUUUGCCUACAUGAAGUUGUUGGAGUACGACGAGAAAUGCCACCAUCUCCUCUUGAAAGGCCUGAAGACAACUCGAAAUGCGCUGCAUCUGCCUCUAUCCGAGGUUCCAUACGUAGAGGCCCCUUCAACCUCAUCGGCUGUAGCUCCCCCCACAGAGUCAACUCCGCCACUUCCAUCGUCCGCCUCAGGCGCCUCGCGAACGCGCAGGGUACGCAUGACUAUAGGACCCGUACCUGCGAUAUUCGUAUCUCUCCGCCCCAACCCUGCGAGAGACGACACAAGAGCAACUUGGGCGAGGUGCUUCGUCUCCGACGCCUUCGACCAAGCAUCACAGAUGGGAUCCGAAUUCGCGCCGCCGACCGUGCAGAGUCUACUCGAAGGCUCGCUCCGAGAGGACAACGCGUCGGUCGGGGCAGCAACGUGGUGCGACAAGUGCCAGCCGCUCGCCAAGGACAUGCUGAAAGUCACAAGCGACUUCGAUCGGCUCUCCAGAGAGCUUGACGCGGUCACAAUCGCGCUGUGA